GUGGUCUUUGUCCCGCCUCUGCUCUGCCUACCUCCCUCUUCUUCUUUCGCCGCCGCCGCCCGCCACCGCCACCGCCAGAGUUGCAGAUGGAGGAUGGACCUGAGGUGGUGGGUAAGCCUUCUGAGGAGAUUUUAGAAGACACGCCUGUGAAGAAGGAAGAAAGCCUUGAGGAGAUGCUUUCUAGGCAUAGGAAAGAGAUCUCCCAAUUACAAAAUAAGGAAGUGGGAAUGAAAAAGGCAGCUGCUAAGGGCAGCAAGGCUGAACAGAAAGCUAAGAAGAAAGAAGUGGAGCAAGAGAUAUCCAAUCUAUCAGCAAAACUCAAAGAAAGACAUGCAGAAGAACUGGCUUCUGCAGGUUAUGGCAGCAGCAACAAGAAAGAUAAAGGAGAUCUUGACAAUUUGGUUAAGGCCAUUGCUGGAGUUUCAGCCACCAAUCAAACUGAGAAAUCAAAACCAAGCAAAAGUGUUCAGAGGCGUGAGAAAAGAGCUCAACAAGAAGCAGCCAGGGAGCAAAGAAUACGAGAAGAGCAGUGUAACAUUGUCAGUGAGAGAGUUGCAGAAAAUGAGGGGUUAGAAAAGAAACUUGAGCCACUUGGAUUGGUCAUUAAUGAAAUAAAGCCAGAUGGGCAUUGUCUUUACCGAGCUGUUGAGGAUCAGCUCGCCCUCCAGGCUGGAGGUACCUCUCCUUAUACUUUCCAAGAACUUCGGCAAAUGGUGGCAUCAUAUAUGAGGAAUCAUGCAUCUGAAUUCCUGCCCUUUUUCCUCUCUGAGAAUAUGGCAGAUGGAGAAUCCACUGAUACCCUUGCAGAGAAGUUUGAGAAUUAUUGUACAGAAGUGGAAUCAACGGCAGCAUGGGGAGGACAGUUGGAACUUGGUGCUCUAACUCAUUGCCUGAAGAAACAUAUCAUGAUAUUUUCUGGAUCCUUCCCUGAUGUGGAGAUGGGAAAUGAGUACAAAUUUGUAGGUGGAAAUGGCUUAUCCAAUAAAAGUAUUAUGCUGUCAUACCAUAGGCAUGCAUUUGGGCUUGGUGAGCAUUAUAACUCCGUCAUUCCAACUUCAGUUCAAUAGGGAUGACUGAUCCUUUGUCAAAAUGUACUCUCUGUGACGUCGAUGUUGCAGAAAACAUGUAUCAAAUUUGGACCUGAAGCAACAAUUUUGUUCUCUUUUUACAUUGUAAUGUUAGACAUGACAUAGCUUGUCCUUUA